AUGCACAUUGCGACCUGCGUGUGGCAAGAGAAGGCGGCCGGCGGCAUGGGGGGAGCUGCUGCAGCUGCUGUUGGAGGCGGCGGGAAAGGCGCCGACGCCGGCGGCGGCGAGUGGGGAGCGGCGCGCGCGAGGGUGGUAGCGGCGCUGGGAGUGGCCGGGUGCGCGCUCAACUGCGCGGUGAGCUUCGUAGUGUUCUCGGCGCUGGACGUGCUGGACGUGGUGCUGUGCCUGGUGUACAAGCUGGUGGACUACGCGGUGGACGCGGAGUGGAAGUCCUGCUACUGCGCCGCGGCUGCGGGGUCGGCGGCGGGCCCGGGGGUGCAGGUGGCCGCCGCCGCCGCCGCCGCCGCGCCCGCGGGGCCCAAGGUGGUGCGUGUGUCGUCGGAGACGUCGUCCGCCAAGCUGCAGCUGGAGGACGUGUCGGACACGCUGUACGUGCGGCCGUCGCUGCUGGCCGACGCCACCCGGACCGGCUCCAGAAACGGCAUCCACGCGGCGCCCGCGCUCACCGUCAGCCCCGCCAUCGCGGAGCUGAUCCGCGGGAAGAUGGACCGUCCCCCGCGGCCGCCGCGGCAGGCGCCGUGCUGGUCCGACUGCGACUGCAAGGUGUGCCACGCCUGGAGCGUCUCCCCGGCGUCGUCGUCCCACCUCUACGUCCAUGUCCAGGCUCCACCGCCGACGCUACCACCGAUGGAGACAGAGGACGUGGUGUUCAUCCACGGGUUCAUCUCGUCGUCCGUGUUCUGGACGGAGACGGUGUUCCCGGCGUUCAGCCCCGCGGCGCGGUCCCGUUACCGGAUGUUCGCGGUGGACCUGCUGGGGUUCGGGCGCAGCCCCAAGCCGGCGGAGUCGCUGUACACGCUGCGCGAGCACGUGGAGAUGAUCGAGCGCUCCGUGCUCCGGCGCUACCGCCUCGGCUCCUUCCACGUGGUGGCGCACUCCCUCGGCUCCGUCCUCGCCCUCGCCCUCGCCGUCAAGCACCCCGACGCCGUCAAGUCGCUCACCCUCCUCGCGCCGCCCUACUUCCCGGUGCCGGAGUCGGUGUCGGCGGCGGGCGCAGGCGCGGCGGCGCAGUACGUGAUGCGCCGCGUGGCGCCGCGGCGGGUGUGGCCGCCGAUCGCGUUCGGGGGCUCGAUGGCGUGCUGGUACGAGCACGUGAGCCGCACCAUCUGCCUCACCAUCUGCCGCCAGCACCGCGUCUGGGACCGCCUCUUCAGGAUCUUCACCAGGAACAGGGUGCGGACGUUCCUGAUCGAGGCGUUCAUGUGCCACACGCACAACGCGGCGUGGCACACGCUGCACAACAUCAUCUGCGGCAGCGCGGGGCGGAUGGACGCGUACCUGGACGUGGUGGCGCACCAGCUCUCGUGCAAGGUGGCCCUCUUCCACGGCCGCGACGACGAGCUGCUCCCCGUCGACUGCACGCUGGCCGCGGGGGCCAGGGUGCCCCGCGCGCGCGUCACCGUCUACGACCGCAAGGACCACAUCACCAUCGUCGUCGGCCAGGAGAAGCUCUUCGCCGCCGAGCUCGAGGCCAUCUGGAGGGCCGACUAG